UCUGUGAGAGAGAGAAUCACAGCACAGCAGAGACGCGAGUGUUGGAGGAUUACAGAGGACGAGGCGGAAACAGAGAACAUUUACAGGACGCGAGUGGACGCUAAGGCGCUAAAUAUCCGCUCGCUAACACGGAAUAGCGGGUUUUUUUUCACCUCUUCGAUUAUUUCCGAGUUUUUUCCCCUUCUUUUUUCUCUUUCCCCUUCACGGAUGUGUCGGUGGUGUUUGGUUUGGAGAACUGGGAUUCACAGCAGUGUAAAUAACUGACAGAAAAGGAAGGAAUUCUGGCAACAAAACAACUUUUCCCCAAAGCUGGAGCUUGUGUGAGCUUCAUUGUUAUUUAUUUAUUUCCUUGUGACUGAAGACAAAGUGGACGACACCUUGUAACAAACACAAGAUGAUAUCUUCUCCUUCUUCUCCUCCUCUUUCUUUUCCUGCUUCUUCUCCUCCUGCUUCUUCUUCUUCUUCUUCUUCUUCUUCUUCUUCUUCUUCUUCUUCUUCUCCUGCUUCUUCUUGGACUUCUUGUGAUUAAACCUCUCCAGUUCCUGUUCCAGUCUUUCAGUGAAGAGAUUUUAAUAUAUAAAUAUCAGGCUUGAGGUCUGAACUCUUCCAGAACUCUUCCAGAGCUCCAUGUGAUGAUGAAGAAGAGGAAACUGGACUGAUUUGAGAAUGACAAAGCCUUCCUGAUCCCAUAUUCAGGCACAAGUUUUGGACUUUGGAGUCUGACCUUUGUUCCUGAUCGUGUGAAACCGAGUGAGAUUCUUAAUCAGGAACCGAUUAUCAGAUUGUGAGAAUGAGAGAUACGAUGAGCAGAAGUUAAUCUGCAUUGGCUUCGAGAUCACUUCCUUGUCCUAUGGACUAUUAUCCGUAACCCCAGCUUACACUGUGGUGACGUUUCAGACGUUUUGACACGUCUCGUGUUUCCUCGGAGUCUCAGGCAGUGGCCUCUUGGCCAGACUGCUGAAUAACAUAGACGACUUUUGGAGCUUCGUUCUUCUUUCUGCUGUCACUAUGGAGGAGUGGAGACAGUGUGGCCGGUGGCUCAUCGACUGCAAGGUCUUGCCCCCGAAUCACCGGGUGGUUUGGCCCUCGGCUGUCGUCUUUGACCUGGCUCAGGCGCUUCGAGAUGGGGUGCUCUUGUGCCAAAUGCUGCACAAUCUGUCACCUGGAUCUGUAGACCUGAAACAGAUCAACUUCAGGCCUCAGAUGUCACAGUUCCUGUGCCUGAAGAACAUCCGGACGUUUCUCAAGGUGUGCCACGACAAGUUCGGUCUAAGGAACAGCGAGCUCUUUGACCCCUUCGAACUGUUUGACGUCAGGGACUUCGGGAAGGUGAUCUCUGCGCUGUCCAGGAUCUCUCACCACAGCAUCGCUCAGAAUAAAGGCAUCAGGCCUUUUCCUUCAGAGGACACAGCGCUGAACGAGGACGACGUCUACCGAAGCUUGGAGGAACUGGCUGAUGAGCACGAUGUGGGUGAGGACGAUAUCUAUGACUGCGUGCCGUGUGAAGAUGAAGGAGAUGAUAUCUAUGAGGACAUCAUUAAGGUGGAAGUUAGACAGCCUAUGAAAAUGGGCAUGACGGAGGACGACAAGAGGAACUGCUGCUUGGUGGAGAUCCAGGAGACAGAGGCAAAGUACUACAAGACACUGGAGGACAUUGAGAAGAGUUACAUGAUCCCCCUGAAGCAGGUCCUAGCUCCGUCGGAGAUGAAGGCCAUAUUUGUGAAUCUGGAGGAUAUCAUCAGAGUCCACUUCGCCUUGCUGAGGGCUAUCGACCAGAACAUGGUGAUCGGAGGCAGCGGACUUGGAAAGAUCUUCCUGGACUUCAAGGAGAGGCUGCUGAUCUACGGUCAGUACUGCAGUCACAUGGAGCACGCUCAGAAGACGCUGGACGACGUGAUUGCCACGCGAGAGGAGGUGAAGUGUAAAGUAGAGGAGUGCACCAUGAAGGUACAGGAGGGAAAGUUCAAACUACAGGAUCUGCUCGUAGUUCCCAUGCAGAGGGUCCUCAAGUACCACCUACUGCUCAAGGAGUUAGUGAGUCACUCGAUGGAUCGACCAGAGAGACAGCAGCUGAAGGAGGCUCUGGAAGCCAUGCAGGACCUGUCCAUGUACAUCAACGAGGUGAAAAGGGACAACGAGACUUUGAAGAAGAUCGGGGAAUUUCAGUGCUCGAUAGAAAACUUGCAGGUGAAACUGGAGGAAUACGGGAGACCGAAGAUAGACGGAGAACUCAAAGUCUGCUCUAUAGUUAACCGGACCAAACAGGACAGGUACAUCUUCCUGUUCGAUAAAGUGGUAAUUGUGUGCAAGAGAAAAGUCUACAACUACGAGCUGAAAGAAAUCAUCGAGCUCCAGUAUUACAAAAUGUCUGACGACCCUACGAAUAACAGAGACAUGAAAAAGGCCAGUGGAAAGACGUGGUCGUAUGGCUUCUACCUGAUCCAUCUGAAAGGCAAGCAAGGCUUCCAGUUCUUCUGUAAAACAGAGGACACCAAAAGAAAGUGGAUGGAGCAGUUUGAGAUGGCCAUCUCCAACAUUAAGCCAGAGCGAGCUACGGCCAACCAGCACGACUUCCAGAUGCACACGUUUGAAAAGAACACCAACUGCAGAGCCUGUAAGAUGCUCCUGAGGGGGAUCUUCUAUCAGGGUUACUACUGUUCCCGCUGUGGGGCUGGUGCACAUAAAGAGUGCCUGGAGGUCAUCACCAUCUGCAAAAUCAAUCCCCAUGAUUCGGAGCUUGGACUUCCACAGUCAGGUCCUAAGAUGGUUGCAAUCAGGAACUACCACGGCACUCCAGCUCCCCCGGGCAAGUGCCCCCUUACCUUCCAGACAGGUGAUGUCAUUGAGCUUUUGAAGGGAGAUCCAGACACCGUGUGGUGGGAGGGGAAGCUCAUUCAGACGCUGAAGAUCGGGUACUUCCCCAGCUCCACUGUGAAGCCAUGUCUAGACCCAAAGCCGUCUCAGUCUUUUCCUGGUCGUCAGUCCUCAAGAGAGAUGGAUUACAAUGUUUAUCCUUGGUUUGCAGGGAACAUGGAAAGGCAGCAGGCUGAUAACCUCCUGAAGUCUCACAGCAGUGGCACGUACCUGAUCAGAGAGAGAACCGCCGAGGCCGAACGCUUUGCCAUCAGCAUAAAGUUUAAUGAUGAAGUGAAGCACAUUAAAGUGAUCGAGAAAGACAACUGGAUUCACAUCACAGAAGCGAAGAAGUUUGAGAGUCUGCUGGAGCUGGUGGAGUAUUAUCAGUGUCACUCACUCAAAGAGAGCUUUAAGCUGCUGGACACCACGUUACGAUACCCGUACAAGUCCAGAGAGCGCUCCAACUCCAGAGCCAGCACCCGCUCUCCAGCAGCCUCCUGUGCUUCCUACAACUUCUCCUUCCUCAGUCCUCAAGGCCUCAACUUCUCUUCUCAGAGCUCUACUCCCUUCUGGUCAGUUUUUACACCGAAGGUGGUGAGCACAGCGGUGGCCAGAUAUAACUUUGCAGCCCGGGACAUGAGAGAGCUUUCUUUGAGAGAAGGUGACAUUGUCAAAAUCUACAGCAAGAUCGGAGGAGACCAGGGCUGGUGGAAAGGAGAGGCUAAUGGCAGGAUCGGCUGGUUCCCUUCAACAUACGUCGAUGAGGAAGGCGUGCAGUGAAGCGCUGAUGUCGUCAUCUGCUCUCUCCAAUCAGAUCAUCUCUCAUCCACUUCCCUCAGGGAGAGGAUUUCUUCGGUGUCUGCAAGAACCCCUUGUGGAAAACAUCCUGUUUAUUGUUUGUUUGUUUUUUUGCUGGAAACUGAUUUGUCAGUGAAUAUUUGUACUUCUCUCUCUCUCUCUCUCUCUCUCUCUCUCUCUCUCUACAUUCCGAAUCUCCUUUUGUUGUUCCUUUUCUCCUUCUCCUUUUGAACAUGUCUGUGUGAUCUGUGUGAAGAAAACUGGAAAUCGUUUCCGCUGGUCUGUUGGAGAAACGGAGUAGGAGCAGAACUUCGUCUGGAGGCAGAGCAGAGCUUCUGCUGAUCACUGAAUUUGUGUAAAACAGAUCUAUAAAGAUUUCUAUGGCCAAUCAGCAUGAGCUGUGGUGGGGGGAUGGGGUGUGUAUAGAUAAUUUAUUCCAGAGAAGUAUCUACGAUUUAAAAAAACAAACAAAAAAAAAAAAACAAAACAGAAAAGAUAAGAGAGGGGUUUAAAGUUUAUUAUGAAAAUAACCCAGAAAAGAUGCACUUUGCAUCUCUUUACAGAGAGAGAACUUGCCUUAGUCGUUCUAAUGCCUUGUGGGCUGACAGGACAUGUGCAGGUGGACUGUGGGAAAAGAAAACACACAACACACCUCUGCCCUGUUUAGUAAUACGGUGCCUUUAACAAAGUGCGGUCGCAGCGCUCAGACCACACGUAGGUUCUCUCUGAGUCACCGACCUGGACAUCGACUCAGCCUGGGAAAUGUUUCUGACGAGUAAUCUGUAAAACGACGGAGGGCUCGGAGUUCCGUACAGAGAUUACGGCAUUGAGGACUUGCUAUGCAGCUUGCUUACAGAUACACUGAACCUAAAUACUCGGUGCAUUGAUGCGAGGAAAAACGGUGGUCUCUUAGAUUCUACAGUUUCCUUCGUUUUAUGUCCAAUUCAAGGACCAAUGUGAACCAUUUUCUAACAUGUUUUGGGUUAAAUAUUCCGUUUCUAAUCUAAAUUUUUCCUGAUUUUUCUGUUGUUUAUUCUCUUGCCUUACUGAUUGUGGUUGGCCAAUGGUGCUGCAGUGGUGUGUUUUUAAUCUGUGGGUGUGUAACAGGAUUCUGUGGACUAAGAGCUCGCUGCUUCACCUGAACCUCAGCCAUCAAGUGCACUUUAUCCAUCAGAGACCACAACACAGGCUGCAGGACAAAAGGUUCUCACGUCCCGGAGAUAAACACGAACUAAAAAUCCUUGUCUCUUGGACCCGAUUUCAAAUCAUCCUCAGAUAAAGUUGGAGUACUCCGUGAUUUCCCGACACGCUGAUGAUCAAUACUUAAUCUUCCUUCUGAACUCCUCCGAAGCGGCACUGAUAUCAGCCCGUCACGUAAUCUACUGAAAACCAUCACGUUACUGUGUUCCAUCAACCAACACUGGCACUCUUUCACAACACACUGAUGGACGGAUGGACAGAUGGAUGGUUGGUGUGUGUGUGUGUGUGUGUGUGUGUGUGUGUGUGUAUCUGGUGAGGAACAUUCACUGGUCAGCGUCAGGCCUGAGGCAUUGUGUGCUGUAGCCAAGGAGCUUCAUCGCUGUUUGUUUGUAGUGGACAGAAAGCCAUUGCAUGUGCUCAUAGAUAUUACAACUCAUGUCAGUGACCCCCCAUAAAAAUGAAUAAAUAAACUAAUUGUGUACUUUU